AUGGCAGCAAUGACUGCUUGUAAAUGCGUGGGUCAAAUUGGAUCCACUUCGUAUUCGUCGAUGAUUGGAGGCGUUACCAGAUUCAAAGGACUGGUGUCGCCUCUUAAUUCGACGACGUAUCCUCCCUCAGCGAUUCGAUCGUCACUCUUUUCACAAUGGAUGCAGAUUUCUCAGCUCGUUAAAUCCAACGGAAAGCGAUUGUUUCUCGUCGACACAUUAGCUUUGGUUAGGAGAUUAGAGGCUGAAGGUCUGCCUUCGAAGCAAGCUGAGGCCAUAACAGCUGCCAUAACUGAAGUUUUGAAUGACAGCUUGGAAAAUGUGUCUCUUUCGGUUGUUUCCAAGGCUGAGAUGCAGAAAAGUGAAAUGACUCAAGAAUCCAAUCUGUCCAAGCUCAAAUCAGAAGUUCGAAGCUCUCAGAGCCACCAUUUUUCUUUGCUGCAACAUGAAAAUGAGAAGCUUCGGAAUGAUAUAGAGAACAUGCGCAGUGAAUUAAGAUAUGAAAUUGACAAAGUUACUGCUGGGCAACGAUUGGAUUUGAAUCUUGAAAGAGGGGGAAUACGAGAUGAGCUUUCAAAUCAGAAUGCUGAAACAUCUAUUCUCACUAGCAAACUUGAUCGGGAAAUUCAUGCGUUAAAGGCUCAUUUGGAAGCUGCAAAAUAUGAAUUGAUAAAAUACUGCAUAGGUACACUUGUUUCCGUAUCUGCUGUUGGUCUUGCUGUAGUUCGUAUACUGAUGUAAACAUAUAAUGUCAGCAUAACCCCAAAAGGGAAAAG